UAGUCAGCUUGUGGAUAGCCAUUGUACUAUUACCUUUGAUUCUUCAUCUUGUUCAAAUCAAGAUUGUCAUACUGCUAUAUUGAUUGGGACAGGCCAUAGACAAGGAGGCCUCUACUACAUGGAUCAUCUUCUGCUUCCACUACUGCAGCUACCACUUCAUCUCUACUAGUGGCAUUAGUCCUUUUGAUCUAUGGCACCACAAGUUAGGACAUCUUUCUGGACUUAGGCUUAAUUAUCUUGUUAGUACUGUGCUCUUGGCUCCAUUUUGUUCACUCCCUGACACUUUAUAUAGGUUGUUAGUUGGCAAAGCAUACAGCCCUUCCCUACAAUCCUAGUGACACUAUAUCAUCAGCUCAUUUGACUUAAUACAUUUUGAUGUUUGUAUUUCACCAAUUCCUUCUAAGGGUGGAACUCAAUAUUAUGUCUUUUUUGUUGAUGAUUAUAGUCAUUAUACUUGACUCUACCUUAUGCAUCAUAACGCUCAGGUUUUUGUCAAAUCUAUAAAGAGUUUGCCACUAUGGUCCAUGCUCAAUACUAUGAGGUCAUAAAAGUAUUUCGCUCAGAUUGUGGUAGUGAAUUUUUAUUUUUGUAGUUUUGGGCCUUUUUACUAUCUCAAGGCACUUUAUCUCAACCUUCUUGUCCACAUACACAACAACAAAAUAGUGCUGUUGUGCGCAAACAUCGCCACAUUCUAUAGAUUGCUCGUUCGAUUCCGUUCCUACCCAGUUCUUAGUAGAAGCUGUUCUUACCAUAGUGUUUCCAAGGUCACUACUGAUGUUUCUCCUUUCAAGCGGCUUUUAUCUCGUGCUCCCUCUUAUUUUUAUCUUAGGGUGUCUGGUUAUACCUGUUUUGUCCUUCCACCUCUUAAGAGAAUCAACCUUUCUACUUGAUUAGUCAUGUGUGUUUUUCCUGGGUAGAGCCUAGAGUAUAAAGGACAUCAGUGCUAUGAUCCUGUACCUUGAUGCUUACUUGUCUCUAAGUAAGUUACCUUUCUAGAGUGUGUACCCUAUUAUGCUCUUCCUUCCCCACCUUCUCCUUUACCUAAGAGUCUUACCUUUCUUGAUCCAUGUCACUGUCAUACUAUAACCUCAAUUCAUUCUUCUACCCCAAGUGAGUCUUCACCGUCUUUACCAAAUCCUCCUCCUAGGUCUCCUAUUACCCAUGUUUACACUAGGAGAGCACAUUGCAGUCUAUUGGUGGAGACUUCUUUGUCUAUUGAUCCUGCCAUCCCCUCUACGGCGAUGAUCGUGAUCCUCUGGCAACUUUUUCUAAGCAUCGCUAUCCUCUCGCAGUUGUCGUGCGCCAGAUUAUCUUUGAGAUUAUCAUGUGACAGGUUUGUGGCAACUGAGCUGGCAACUGAUAUCAUUGUUCAUGUAGGAGAAGUUAAAUUCCAUUUACACAAGUUUCCUCUUCUGUCCAAGAGUGCUCGCUUGCAAAAGCUGGUGGCAGCUACCAAUGAUGAAAGCAAUAAUGAGAUUCAUAUUCUUAAUGUUCCCGGCGGCCCUGCUGCAUUUGAGAUUUGUGCUAAAUUUUGUUAUGGUAUGACUGUCAUCCUCAAUGCUUACAAUGUGGUUGCAGCCCGUUGUGCAGCAGAAUAUCUAGAAAUGCAUGAAUCUGUGGAGAAGGGGAAUCUGAUUUAUAAAAUCGAAGUCUUCCUCGACACAAGCAUAUUCCGCAGCUGGAAAGACUCAAUUAUAGUUCUCCAGACUACAAAGUCUCUGCUACCUUGGUCUGAGGAUCUGAAAUUGGUGAGCCACUGCAUAGAUUCUAUAGCUUCCAAGGCCUCCAUUGAUGCUUCUAUGGUGGAAUGGUCUUACACUUAUAACCGAAAAAAACUUCCGUCAGAAAAUGGUCUCGAUACACAAUGGAAUGGGGUCAAAAAACAACAGUCAGUACCUAAGGACUGGUGGGUCGAGGACCUCUGUGAGCUUGAAAUGGAUUUCUACAGGCGGCUUAUAAUGGCCAUCAAAGCUAAGGGAAGAAUGUCCGGGAAAGUGAUCGGAGAGGCUCUGAAAGCUUAUACAUAUAGAAGAAUUCGAGGUUUUGGCAGAGGUUCCCUGAUCCAUGAAGGUGACGUCAUGAAAAGUAGGUCACUGCUAGAGACCAUUAUCUGGUUAUUGCCGUUUGAGAAAGGUUCCGUAUCAUGCAGUUUCCUUCUUAAGCUACUAACAGCUGCAAGUUUACUGGAUUCUGGCGAAAUGGGUAAGAAGGAGCUCAUCAAGCGAAUAGGCCGCCAAUUAGAAGAAGCUUCAGUACCUGAUCUUUUGAUCCCCAGCAUGUCAGGGGAGGACACUGUGUAUGAUACCAACAUGGUUCUUAGUAUAGUGGAGGAAUUUGUGAUGCAGGAUAGUGGUGCUGCUCAUACUAGCCCAAAGGCAUCUGAAGUGCUCGAGGAGACCAGGAGCCCGGCUAUAGUUUCAGGUAGUUCAAAGAUCAGUGUAGCGAAGCUGGUUGACGGGUAUCUUGCUGAGAUAGCAAAAGACCCCAAGUUACCUCUUUCAAAGUUUGUUGAUCUCGCUGAAAUGCUGUCAGCUGACUCAAGGCCAGUGCAUGAUGGGCUUUAUCGUGCUAUUGACAGGUAUCUGAAGGAGCAUCCGGGCCUGAGCAAAAGUGAGAGAAAGAAGAUUUGUGGUCUGAUGGACUGCAAGAAACUGUCUGCAGAUGCCUGCUCUCAUGCCGUGCAGAACGAGCGCCUCCCACUACGGGCGGUAGUCCAGGUCCUCUUCUUUGAGCAGGUCAGGGCAGCAGCUACUGCUGCAGGCCGGACCGAGAACUGUGGUGGUUCCUAUGGGAGUUCGAGUUCAGGCGUCACUACCAACACAGAGGAUGACUGGGAUGGACUCCCAACAGUUGAAGACCUCAAGUUGCUCAAGUCUAUGAAGCUCGUAGGCGGCGGGGAAAGCGAGAGGAGCAGCGACAGCAACGCCGCUAGUAAGAACCAAGGCAAUGACAGAGCUGGCAAUGGCAAGGUGAAGGGCAUCAUGAUGCCCAAGAAGAUUCUAGGCAAGCUGCUGUCGAGCAAGGGGCAGGGAGGGGAGAACACUAGCUCUGAUACAUCUGGUAGCCCAGGCUCAGCAAACCAGGAUGAGCCCAAGUCCACACCUUUAAGGAACACAAGAUACUCAGUUUCAUGAGCAACCUGCAUCACUUAGGCCGAGCACGAUGAAAGCUUACAAAUGGUCUCUUUUGUGUGAUCAAAGACCCAGUUUUGCAUGUACCAUAGAAAGGUGGUAUGGUUUUGGUAGAAGAUUAGAAUGUUGAACAAGAGAGAAUGUCGAUGUGGGUGAAUGUAAUUGUCUAUUAUUUUAUAUUGUAGCAAAAGAAUCGGUUAAAUCUUCUAUGACAUCCAUCCAACUGCAUCAUUUGAUGGUUGGGAAUGCCUUCUGA